AUGGCGGAACGUGAUCGUCCACAGCCUCACCAGGUCCAUGUUCACAGUCAGUCACGUUAUGAUCAAGGCGGCAGAAUGAAGAGUGUCCUCCCAAAAAACGGUCCAUCAACUAGCCAAGUUUUGGCAGUCGUCACUCUCCUUCCUGUUGGUGGAAGCCUACUGGCACUCGCCGGAUUGACACUUGUCGGAAGCUUUAUUGGCCUUGCUGUCACUACACCUCUUUUCAUCAUCUUCAGCCCGGUUCUCGUCCCGGCCGCCAUUCUUGUUGGCCUUGCUGUCACUGCUUUCCUUACUUCCGGUGCUUUUGGGCUAACCGGGCUGUCGUCGCUUUCUUGGGUUGUGAAUUUCUUGAGGCAGUUUACUGGGUCCAUGCUGGAGCAGUUGGAGCCCUCGAAGAGGCGGAUGGCGGAUACGGCCAUGCAAGUUGGGCAGAAAACGAAGGAGACUGGGCAGACGAUACAGCAGAAAGCACAAGAAGGGAAAGAAAGUACCGGUGGUAGAACUUGA